AUUUGCAUGCUUUCUACUCUUGCAUGCAAGCUCAGAACGCCUCUGACGCGUUAAUGUGCAAAAUCUUCCCCUCUACUCUCCAAGGUAAUGCCCGAACUUGGUAUUACAGUUUACCUCCGAGGUCAAUUAGCUCUUAUACAGAAAUGGCAUCUGCCUUUGCCACUAAGUUUUCCAGUAGAAAGUUGAUCAGGAAAACUACUUCUGAGCUGAUGCGAGUUAAACAGAGGGAUGGAGAAUCUCUGAAGAACUAUAUGAGCAGGUUCAAUGAUGCAAUUUUAGAGGUUAGUUCCUUUGAUCAAGCUGUGGGAAUUGCAGCUGUGAUCUCCGGUCUCAAGCAUGACAGGUUCAGAGAUAGUUUGAUCAAACAUGUUGCCACCACCUUUAGCGAGGUGAACGAUAGGAAAAGGAUGAGGAUGGCGCAGAACCGAGGUCCGAUGUUAACCUCCCCACCGAGAUUCGGAAGGCCGAACUCAACAUCCCCACAACAAUCUGCAGGUAAACCUCCAGUUAAUUGGACUCCCUUUAAUCUGCCGAGGUCACAAAUUUUUAUGCAGAUCAAGAAUAAGAUGGAUUUAAGGCGUCCUGGCCCAAUGAAAACUGCUGCUGCUAGUCGAGACCACACCAGAUAUUGUGAUUUUCAUCAAGAUCACGGCCAUACUACAGAGCAGUGCAACAGCUUAAAAGAACAGAGGCCACAGGCCCAAGGAGUCCGCAAUCCCCCAAAUAGGCAAGGUGUGGGAUAUCAGCAAACCCCACCUCCGCUCCCAACCCCAGCCAAAAUCAUACACAUGAUUACGGGAGGCCUUGAAGCAGGUGGAAUGAGCUCUAAGCAGCGAAAGCUGUAUGUCAGAGAGAUUAAACAUCAAAACCGGGCUCAGAAGCGGAAGAUUGAUGAUGCUGAGUGGAAAAAUCAACCCAUUACUUUCACGUCUGCUGAUCUCGAUACAGUUGUUACACCCCACAAUGAUCCCUUGGUCACUUCUAUCAUGAUUAAUAACUGUGAAGUACACCGUGUCCUUGUUGACACCGGGAGUGCACCAGACAUCAUGUACUUCCACUGUUUCGAGAGUCUGGGACUGGAUCCAGCACUGUUGUAGAAGUAUGAUGGUCCUAUCUAUGGCUUCAACAACCAGCCUGUUCCGGUAGAAGGAGUUCUUACCCUCCAUGUGGCUUUUGGGAGUGGCAGGACCUAUGUGAC